AUGACCGCCUACUGUGGCAACUUCGCCCUAACAAUUCCUCCUGUGGAAGUUGUGGCUCACGACGAGUUUCGCUGGGUUGGCCGGGUGAUCGACGCCCUUUUCCGGGUGGAGGUCGAGAUCGUGAAGCGCUGCGAGGGCCGCAGAGGCAAGUCCAAGCUGCUUGGGAAAUGUGCCUUCCAGGUCAGCAGCGAGGGCUUGUCUGGCCUCACGCCGCUGGACGAUGGCGCCGCAGACCAAGCGUGUGCGCAGGAGCUUUGCCCCCAUUUCCCUGGCCAGCAGGUGCGUGCGACACCGAGAGUCUGGCGGCAGGCAGAGUGGCUGGAAGACUGCUCGCAGCUGUCGCGGAAGCGGGCGCGUGGCCCACCAAUCUGCGGCAAGGUCACUUCAGUCUCGUGUGAAAUGGUGGGCGUUCACUGGGUCGAUGCAUGGUCUUCAAAGGUGUCGAUGCCGCCUGAGUGGGUCCACCCUUCCACCGUCCGCCGACUUAGCAUGAACAACAGCCCUUCAGAGGGUUGGCUCUUGGGGGAGCAUUGCCAGGCGUGGGACGAUCCGUCUGCGCCAUGUGCCGUGCUGACGCGGACCACAACGCACACGACAGUGCAAUGGGCGGGUGAUGUCGAGGAAGAGAUUCUCGCAAUUGACCUCAUGCCCAGGCAGGCGUUCUAUUCGCACGAUUUCCUCCCGCACGACUAUGUAGCAAGGACUGCAGACGUUGAUCGUUAUGAUCCCCGGCGUGCGGUCGAGACCUUGCAGAGUCCCAACCCCAAUGUGAAUAUGCAGGAUGGGUCUGUUCAAUAUGGAUCGGCCCAGACCGAGCUGAAUGAGGAUGACCGAAACAGAGAGCUGUUCGCCACCUUCUUGGGACAGGUGAACAACGAGGACAUCAUCCCCGCCGUGCGACCCCCGGCAGCGGGCCAGGUGGUCCCGAUGGGCGUGGUGAAGAGUGUGGACCUCAAGGCACGCACGGCUUUGGUGGAAUGGCGGUGCACUCUCCAGGACAACCCUCAGGAGGUCAGCUUAUUCGAGCUGGCGCCACACCCGCUGGUUGAUGUCCGCCUGGCGGACGUGGUCUUCAUCCCGCCUGAUCAGCAGUCUCAGGACUCUGGAGCUUGGGUCGGCCGGGUGACGGCCUUUUCUGGCUUCUCCGCUCAGGUACAACUGGCCUGUGGCCUCAGUGAAUGGUUCGAUGUCGAAGCUCUGCGCAUAGCCGACAUGGACGGACACUACGAAAGCUCCGAGUCUUCUGACGAGGAGCCGGGCACCGCCUCUUUUGAGGAGGAGCUGCACGACCCGUCCAUGGGAGGCAGUCGAGAUGCAAGCCCGAGGCGGGUGGAUGCCGAGAGCGAAGAGGAGUUUGAGCACUGCGAGCAGCCCCAAAGCGAGACCUCGGAAGGCUCCUCCUCAUCUACUCGAGCGCCUGAGAUCCUGGCCUUCGAUGUUCUGGAGGACGUGAGCCCUUGUGACCAUAAGUUCGUCGACCGACCAUCUCCGCCUCCAAAGGUGCUGAUGCGAGCUGUGAGGCGGGAGCACUCCGUCUUGCAGAAGGGCUUGCUCGACGGGGGCGAAGGCGUGGUGGCACCUAUUGCGGUUCGCACAUAUGCGUCCCGAAGCGACUUGUUUCGAGCGAUGGUGGUCGGCCCUCCUGGGACACCCUACUCGGACGUGCCAUUCUUCUUCGACAUGUCCCUGUCGCCCCAGUACCCCUCAGAGCCUCCUCUGGUGCACUUCAUGGCAGCCUACGUCAGCAGUUGUGAGAAGCUGAACCCCAAUCUCUACAACGAUGGCAAGGUUUGCCUCAGCAUCCUGGGUACUUGGGCGGGGCCUGGAUGGGAUCCGCAGAAGUCUACCCUUCUCCAGGUGCUGAUUUCACUUCAAGGCUUAGUGCUGGUAGAGGAUCCGUACUUCAAUGAACCAGGCCAUGAAUGGGAAUGCAACAGUGAGCAUGGCCGGAACGCCUCGGCCCUGUACAACGAGAAUGUCCGCUUGCUUGUCCUGCGUGCGGCCUUGAAUGUCUCCAAGCACCCGCCCUCCGGCUUCGAGGAGAUGGUGGCCUCACACUUUGCUCGCCAUGGGCCGCGGCUGCUUGCGGAGUGCGAAGAGGCGUUGCUCGACGUCAAUGCCAGCCGCACCAGUGAAGGAUUUCGAAAGGUCUUGGCCAACGUGGUUAUGCCAGGGCUGCGUGAACAUUGGGGCAGCGCAUCAUCGCUACCAGCGUAG